CGCUUGCACAUUGAAACCGCUGCAGAACUGAAGCGCACCGGCUGCCAGGACGAAAGAACAGCUGUUGUCAGUGUAAAAUGGCCCAUAUCGGAGAUAUGGCUACUUCCAAACGAACUGUCACGUCAUGCCUCAGAUGUCGCCGGCGAAAAAUCCGCUGCGGGCGUGAAAGGCCCCAUUGCCAGAACUGUAUCCGCUACGGAUACGAAUGUGAAUACCUCAAUACAGUCGCUGGCGCAUCAGGCUACAGCACGCUUGAUAAAAGUCCAGCUAACUCGUCACAAUCCCUUCAGGGCCAUGAUGAGCUUCGAAAUAGAGUCAGCCAAUUGGAGUCGUUAGUCUCCAAGCUGGUGGCCCAUUGCGGCGGCCUGGCUGCCGUUUCUUCUACUAAUACUCCACCAGAAUCCGAGACGCUUCCAUCGGGUUCAAGAGAUGUGUCCGAAGGCGUCAUUUCGGACUUGGGAGACUUGCUCAUCAUAGAUAGCGAACCCAGGCACAUGGUGGGUUCCUAUUGGAGAAAAUUGGCAGCUCAGCAUAGGGACUUGGAACUUCUUUUAGAAGGCCAUGACCAAGAUGACGGUGUCGAUGCAACGUGCGAAACCACGACCCCCGGGUUAACUCCGUCUUUCUUGUUUGCACCGCCAGAUCCAAACUUCCAACCACGCGAUUGCCUUCCGGAAUUUCAAGGAGCAGAGAGGUUGUACGCAAUUUUUCGCAGUCGAGUUGACCCCAUCACUCGUAUAAUCCAUAAACCUACGUUUGAGACGGAUAUGAGGGCGUAUUACUUCAAUCCCGCAAAACUCGGAACAUCCCCCAGUGAAUCUCAACAAGAAGAUUGGAAGAAUACCAGGACAGCAGCUGCAUUUGAGGCCCUUCUCUUCGCAGUGUUUUAUGGUGCUCUGAACAGUCUAUCGGAGGAAGAAUUCUUGCAGUUUUCCCAAGUCAAUAACUAUGUUGGGGACUUGAAUGACGAUGUUCGCCGGUCAAUAGUUCAGGACGAAAGGCAGACGAAACAUUCAUACUUGCGAAUAUUCUCUUUUGCAUUGGAACAAAGUCUCUUGAGAUCUCAAAUCCUCGAGAAGCCGACUCUUAACUCAGUCACAGCGUGUUGCUUGUUUCUGUUUGUAAGCUGCGCGGAAGCCGAUGUCCCGUCCCUAUACGCUCUCACUGGUGUUCUCAUGAGGGUUUCGCGCACCCUUGCACUCCACAUGGAUCCUGAAGCAUUGGUUCUUAUAGCAGGGAAAAACAGACGGCAAGGAAAUCAUACCCCGGCCAUUAUGGGGCCUAUUGAUGUUGAGAGGCGCCGACGGCUUUGGCAUCUAAUUUUGCAUCUAGAUUUGAUGGUUAGCGAAGCACAUGGUGUCGAUCCGGAACCACUUCCUCUAGAAUCUUGGCCAAAAAACGUCGGGACUGCCUUGCCGACAAAUCUUGAUGACACGGAGAUUUUUGCAGGGAACGCUUUGUUGGAUCAAAGUCCCGAAUUAGCUGAAGACCGUGGACGAGUGACUGAAAUGACUAUGCAGCUUGUUCGCUUCAAUACGUCAUUAUGCCUCCGACGUCUGACCUCUCUAAAGGUGGAAGAUAUCCGGGCAGAAAGCAAAGAUGCGCAGAGCACCGUUGCCCCUCGCAUGGAAGCCAUUAUUGAAGAGAUGGUGCAGCGCAAUGAGAAAUCCCAUCUACGCUAUUGCAUUAAAGAUGAAGGAUUCCAAAAAUACACACUGGUGCUUGGAAAAUUAACUGAAUACAAAGUUCGGCUCUUAUUCUAUCACCGAUUCCUGAAAGAAACCGAACCAUCAAGGGACGAUCGUUCCUGGAAUUCAGCGCGCCAACAGGCCAUGAGUUCGGCAGUUAAUCUGAUUAAUAUGUACCAAACUGCCCUCGCUGAUCCCCUUGUCCACCAGUUCGAGUGGCAUACGCGCAGGCAUUCGCAAUUCCAUGCUAUGCUGCAUAUCCUCAAUGAACUCUCGACUACUGACAUUGCACAGCUUGACACUGAGACCCAAACAUUGUGCAUGCAGGCAUGGGCUGCAAUUGAUAACGUCGCAAUGGAACCAGCUCGCCCCUCCAAAAGUGGCACCGUUGAGGAAAAGCUUUGGACAUUCCUACAGUGUCUAAGAACUCGAGUUCGAGCCCGCCUAUCUAUUGGCACGGUGUUCGACAACAACGCUAUGCCUGAGUCUUUGUCGAUUCCCGACUUGGACAUGACAAAUGCAUUCAAUGCUUUGUCAGCAUAUCAAAACAUGGAUUUCGGAAGUAGCAUGGAUUUUCUUGAUAUUUUUUAA